AGGACAUACCAUGAACAAAGCAUUCGUUUAAUGAAACUCCUACAACCAAAGUUCGAAGGAUUUCGAUCGAGUACAAGCAAGAAGUCUUGCAACGACGAUUUUACAACUCUACUAACAUUUCCAUAUACACAAGUCUAUAUACGUUAAAGAUGGCACACCUUGAUCCAGCGGAGAGAUACCUCGAUGCAUCCAAAGGAUGGGCGCCAGUACACAUUGGUAAAGAUUGGGUUGGCACCAGGCACCUCGGUGGUGGUGUAUAUGGUAUCGCUACUCUAUUUGAAUAUCGAGGAAAUAACCCUGAUGUAUCACCGCGGAAAAUUGUAGUUAAGCAGGAAGGGGGAAAAGGAUGGAAUUUGAAACAGGAGAGUAGGAUGCUUCAGAAACUUAUGAAGUACGGGAGUGAACAUAUUAUUAAGAUAUAUAGAGCUUACCAUCGAACGAUGGGUACGGUGAAUUAUUCGUUUUUUUUCUUUAUUACCGGCUUGUUCAAAAGUAAAGUGCAGUUUGCUAUUGAGAGGUUUCUGGAAGUGUAUUUUGCUAAUACAGUUAUUCAUACGCAGGGAACAAAUCCAGAUAUGGAUGAUUAUAUUGUUAAUUAUACUUCUCGACCGCAUAGGACAGAGUAUGAUUAUGAGCGGUACAUUGAGACACAACUCCGACAACCUCAUCUUCAUGAUAUUGGAAGAAUAUACAUAGAAUGUGCAUCUCAGGGGGAUUUACACAAUUGGAUGAUACAGAAUUGUGAUGAGACUCAACCGUCGGAGGAAUAUGUGUUUAGAUUAUGGGAAUGUUUGUUGAGGGGUUUGAUGGUUUUGAAGCAUGGAACCGAGGGGUGGGAUGAUGGUUUGCUUCAACAGGGUUCGACGUUUCAUAAUCCAAUUGUGCAUCUGGAUCUUAAGGGUCCUAAUAGUAAGUUGAUUGCUAGAAUUUUGAGCUUGCUCGCUGGAAGAGGUGCUAAUAUUAAGUAGUCCUGUAAGUUGGAACCUUUGUAGAAAUUCCGGUUUUGGAGGCACGCAUCAUUGGACAUGAAGAAAUUCUUACAAAUGAUGCAUCUCCUCUGAUUGUAAAAUUGAAUACUAAAUCUUCCCUCUUACAGGAUCGGCGAUAACCCUAAACCAGGCCAUGGACGUAUCAGGGCUCAUAAAGUGCGUACUUGUACACAUUUUCAUGGCUAUUUGAAUGUAGAUGUACGGACGCAAUUAGUGCUAACUUAGAUUGAACCAUAGCUUGCCGAUUUCGGGCUUGCACUUGAAGUUCCCGACAGCGACGAGUUAAAAAGGAAUCCCGCCAAAAAACGAGAGUGGAUCAAAGUAACCCAAGGCCGCAAUACGUAUCACGCACCAGUAAGAAACCCCCUUGAUUACUUCCAUCCCAUCUUAAGCUCAGCUCAAUCAUCCCCAAUUUUGACCACUAUCGCUGAACCAAUCUCUAGGAACAAUUCUAUGCUGAUCACCCUAACCGCGAAAUAGGCACUCAAACCGACCUGUGGAACAUAGCUCACGUUAUCUACCAAGCAAUACUUUCUAUGGGAUUCGUGCCCCCCAAUGUAGUUUUCAAGAUUGGAGUAGAUCCGAAUCCUAGCCGGACAUUCCUGACAAUGGGUCCUCGACUUCUGGAUCGCGACCGCCAGAUCUACAGUCGGAAGUUGAGGGGGAUGCUUCUACGGGCUCUAGCGUUUGAUCCCCAGGAGCGAUGGGGCCUGGAAGAAUUAUUAACGAUGGUGCAGGAAGUGUUAGAGCAUUGGAAUUUUGGCGACGAGACGGAUUUAUUUCUAGAGGGGAUUCAGGGCGGUUUUGAUGGGUGGAAGGGAAAAUAUCCUGAGCCGGCGGUGCGGGUGAGGAUCGAAGAUGGAUUUUCAGGGAUGCGAAAGGAUAGACUGCAGACGUGGGGAUUUCCCAAGGUGCCUCCUUUGAGAAAUCCGUCCGGGUGGACUUUUAAAGAAGAUGACGAUGAUUUCGAUGAUGUGGAACUGUUGUUUCCGACUCGGAAGGCUGUUAGGAUGGGCUAUAGGGAGAUGCCGUUUGAGUUAGGAGAGGCAAAAAUGCAGUUAUUCUUUCCGGAUGGGAGGGCUGUGGGUAAAGAUGGAAAGCCCGUAGAGGAUGAGGACGAGGUACCUGAUUCGACUGAGGAACCAGAACGGAUGGAUGAAGAGACUAAGACUACAGAGGUAAAAUCAUCAUUAACAAGCAGAACCAGUAUCCCAUCCAGAGGCCAACGCACGGUCAAACCCCUCCGCGGCAUAAAAAGAAUGCGCAGCGCCUCCCAACAAAGAAAACAGCCUUCUCCACGAUUCAGUCCCAAUUCCAGCCAAGUAGCACAAUUCGGACGACCAUCUGAACAAUUUCAAUUUCUUGCAGGAACAGAAGCACAAACAGGGGAAUCACAAGCACCACAUACACUUUCCGAUUCACAAGCGCCGCUUAAAAAACGUCGCAGAUAUUCGCUCACAUCGCCUCCAUUUCGGAAUAUGGAAGGGCGUAGAUAUUUUCUUGGGGCUGAUGGGGACUUGCAUAGUUUGUCUCCGAGGAGUACGAUGCAUGAUGAUGAUGUUGAUGUUGAUGUUGAUGUUGAUGUUGAUGGUGAUAUUGAUCUUGGUGAUGAGCCGGAUGAGCCGGAUGAUGGCGGGGAGAGGAGUGCGCCUUGGGUGGGAUAUGAUGAUUAUUAUGAUUAUGAUGAAGCGAUGGAUGAAUGAGGUCAGGUGAUGUGAUAAAUUAGUGGGAUGGGGAUGAUUAUGGGGAUUGGGAUGUUUAGGCCGUUGGGAUUUGGGCGGCCUUUUUUUGUUGGCGAACCCCUUUAUGGACCGGGGGAAGGGAGUGUAGAGAUUGGUAUUGUUGCAAGACAUAGGGUUUUGACAUGGAUAGAUCUGAGUUGAAGAGAGUUCUUUUUGUUUGUUUUUGUGACACAGUGUUGGACGCAUGGACCUGAUUGG